AUGUCAGAUCAUAUAAAAAGUAACACUCCAAGUUCAAGUACGCGUGGAGGAGCUCCUAUAAUAGGCAGUGGUAUCAACUCAACCUCCAGACAAUUGGCGUUGGAAAGAGAAUUAGCUCAAUUGAAUCGAAUCAAUUCAACUAUUGCUAAUCUUAUUCAAACGAUAAAGUUCACCAAUAAUAAUAUAAAUAAAUUGAAUGAUGCUAGUGAGAGUACACAUACGUUGUUGGAUCAAUGGAUUAGAAUACUAUCCCAGACCAAUUUCACUCAUGAUGUUAUAAAUGAUAAGGUAUGGAAGGGAGUUACACCAAAGGGUGACACAGAAGGUAUAGAUGGAGAAGAUGACGACGGAGAUGAUGAUGAAGAAGAUGAUGAUUUUGACGAUAAGUUACAAUUAGAACAAGAAUUAUUAAAACAAUUACAAUCAUUUGAUGCAGAGAAUGAUAAACUUGAACAACGAAUUGAAUCAAAGGAUUAUGAGAGGAGUAAUCAACUUAAUCGUGAUACAGAUUUGAAUAAUAAACGAAGACGAGAACUAGGACUUUCUCAAGCUGGUAAUAAUCCAAGAUAUAGAACUGUGGGUACACCUGCUAAAAGAAUAAGAGGUGCUCGUUAG